AUUAACGGUUCAAUGAAUUGUUUUCUUCCAAUGAAAGUUUGACAUGUCAUUUCCUCAUACAAAGGCUGUAACAACUAGGAAGUGUUUAUUUUGGAUUUGUUCUCAGAGAAACCUUUAUUCAGUUUCAUGUUGUCUGUGUCUAAAUGGCACUCGAGGAUGAGCUGUCGUGUCCCGUGUGCACUGAUGUCUUCAGAGACCCGGUGUUACUGAGCUGUGGACACAGUUUCUGCAGACAGUGUAUUAAUGAUCACUGGACCUCCAGCAGCUCCAGAAACUGUCCCGUCUGUAGACAGCUGUCCCCGCAGGAGCCAGUGUCCAACCUGUGCUUGAGGAACACCUGUGAGACUUACCUGAGAGAGCAAAGCACGAGGAAAGAGAGGGAUGAAGAACACGAGUGUCAGAUACACGGAGAGAAAAUCGAGCUGUUCUGUCAAACAGAUGAAGAGGUUAUAUGUGCAGUGUGUAAGAAACAGGAGCAUGCGAGACACAAAAUACAGCCGCUGCAACAGACUGUGCAACAACGCAAGGAAAAGCUGAAAGCAGCUCUUCGUCCGGCUGAGAAGACUUUGUGGUCCUUACAGAAUACUGCAGCACAAGAUGCCAAGAUCUGGAAUUACAAUCAGUCUCAAGUUCAGCAGACAGAGAGAAGAAUCAAGGAGGAGUUUAAAAAACUCCAUCACUUCCUUAAAAAGGAGGAGGAGAGUAGGAUCGCAGCUCUAAAUGAAGAGGAGAAACAAAAGAGAGUGAAGAUGGAGAAGAGAACAGAGGGAAGAAUACGUUCGCUCUCAGACAGACUCCGAGAGCUGGAGGAGCGAAUGAAGGACGAUGACAUCACCUUUCUUCAGAAUUAUAACAGCAUUAUGAACAGAGCUAAAUACACACUCCCAGAUCAGGAACAAAGUUCAGAAGCUCUUAUUGAUGUUUCUAAACAUCUGGGGAACUUGAAGUACCAAGUGUGGGAUAAUAUGAAGGACAUCUGCCCUUACUAUCCUGUGAUCCUGAAUCCACAUACAACUCCACCAGACUUUUCUGUGUCAGAUGACCUGACCUCUGUCACCUCGUGUCUCCAUCGACAGGACAAAUCCAAUGCUUUUCCUCUCAAUAGGAGCUGUAUGGUUUUGGGUAGCGUGGGAUACGGUAUUGGCACUCACACCUGGCAAAUUGAGAUGGGAAACAGUCGCAGAUGGAGUCUUGGAGUGUGUUUCAGAUCAGAUGGAAAACCUGUUACACAGCCUCUGAGUCCUGAAAAUGGCUUCUGGGGCCUCAGACGAGAUGGAUGCAUGUACAGUUUCCUGAGCACUCUCACACGGUUCACUAUAAAGACAAAUCCUGAGGUAGUGCAAGUGAGACUAGAGGACGAUUAUGAUGUUUUGGGCAGGUGGCAGAGAAAGGUGAGCUUUUCUGAUGCCAGGAGUGAUUCCCAUUUUGCAAAGAUUACUGGAGUGCCUGCAGGGAAAGAACUCUUUCCAUUUGUGAUUCCGGAGGAUCAGUCCGUCCCACUGCGUGUCCUUCCAGUCCCAGCUAAAAUCACUCUGGCUGGUAAACAGGUGGAGCGCAAUCCGUCUUUCCAGGAGAGAUACAAAGGCUUUAUUGAGAUCUGUUUUUGGGUUUUCAUAGCCUUACUGGUGAUUCUUUCAUUCAGACAUAACACAUGAAGUUAGUGUUCACUAUUGUCCUCGUGCCUGAUCAACAU